AUGUACGUGAGCUACCUGCUGGACAAAGAGGGGCCCUCCAUGUACCCGGGCUCGGUGCGCCACGCCGGGGGACUCAACCUAGCCGCCGCCGCGCAGAACUUCAUGGGCGGCCCGCAGUACCCGGACUACGGCACCUACCAUGUGCCCGCCGGCCUGGGCCUGGACAACGCGCAGUCGCCCGCCUCGCCCUGGCCCGCCGCCUACGGCGCGCCCCUCCGCGACGACUGGAACGGCUACGGGCAGGGCGCGGCGCCCGGGGCGGCGGCAGGGGCGGCCAACACGGUGCACGGACCUGGCGCGGCCGGCUUGGCCUACAGCCCGGCCGCAGAGUAUCACGCGCACCCCCACCACCACCACCCGGCCCAGGGCCCGCCGGCGCCGCCCUGCGGGGUCCCCCCUGCCGGGGGCCUGAUGCAGCCCCUCAACCCGCCGCCCGGCGCCGAGCAACUCUCCCCUGGCGGCCAGCGGCGGAAUCUCUGCGAGUGGAUGAGGAAGCCCUCGGCAGGGGGACCCGUGAAAACCCGGACGAAAGAUAAGUACCGUGUGGUCUACACAGACCACCAGCGCCUGGAGCUGGAGAAGGAGUUUCACUACAGCCGCUACAUCACCAUCCGGAGGAAAGCGGAGCUAGCAGCCACACUGGGAUUGUCAGAGAGACAGGUAAAAAUCUGGUUUCAGAACAGGAGGGCAAAGGAGAGAAAGAUCAACAAGAAGAAGUUGCAGCAAUCUCAGCCAGGUGGAGUGCACAGCGGAUCGGAACCCAUGAGCCCGGUCUCCUCUAUGCAGCCAGGGACAACCAGUUCGGGCCCCAAUGGAGGUGUGUUGGGCACAACUGGCCUAGCGCCACCCACUGCAUAG